GACGGGCAUUGCUGCGCCCUGCAGGGCUCACUAUGACCAUCCGUGUGUGCUUGUGCAUUGCAGCUGACCAGACCAGCUCCAGCAGAGGUUCCUCUGGAACCGGCACCUGCUGCCUGAUGUGGUGCCUGGAGCGGCUCCGCUUGGGACCCGAGCACAUCCUGCGGGGCAGAAACCGGCUUUUCCAGGAUCAGGCCGGCCGAGCCACUGCCCUCAGGCCCUCCCGGUGCGCAAACGUGCUCACCCCGGACUGCAUCCCCGAGUUCUACAUCCCCACGCGACUCGCGCCCUGCCCGACCCUGGCUGCAAACCAAGACACUAGGGGCGAAAAAGCAGGGACAGACGACGGCGCGGAGCGCACGGACUGGGACCCACGCUCGCAGGCUGCGCUCUCGCUGCCUCACCUGCCCCGAGCGCGUACAGCCUAUGGCUUCUGCGCGCUGCUCGAGAGCCCGCACACCCGUCGCAGGGAGUCGCUCUUCCUCGGGGGCCCGGGGGCCGCCCCGCUCCUGCCCGCGCUCCGCCCCCGGGCCCGCACCUUCGGCGGCGGCGGCGGAGACCGCCCCCUCAAGCCCCCGGGAAGAGCCCCCAUUGCGCCCCCGGCGGCUCUCGGCGGCCUCCACCCGCACCUGGACGCGCUCACUCUCCGACCCCGUGGCCACCGCCUCCUGCGCGCUCCCGAGGGGUUGCUGCGCCGCGCGCUGCGGACCCAGAGGAGCAGCGGCCUGGCCCGCGCCCGCUCCGUCUCCAGCGGGGACGGGGACGACGACGACGACGGGCGCCGCGCCGGCUCCCGGUCCCCGGCCCGGGCCCCCGCCACGUCCCCUCCGCCGCCCGCAGACCCGCGGCCCGAGCGCCUGGAGGCCGAGGGCACCGUGACUCUGGACCGCGCCGGCGGCGCCCUGCGCCUGGCUGUCGAGUACAAUCGGGACAGCGGGCGCCUCCGCGUCCGGCUGCUCCGCGCCGAGGGCCCGGCCGGAGGGGUCGCCGAGCCCCGCGCCCCCGUCGGCUGCCGCGUCAGCUUCGUCCUGCAGCCGCCGGGCCAGACGCGCCGGCCGCGGGGCGCCGUGGUCCGGCGGAGCCGCCGGGCGGUCUUGGAGCAGGACUUGUGCUUGGACGGGCUCUCGGAGGACGAGGUGCGCCGCCUGGCCGUGCGCGUCAAGGCCGAGAACCGGGGCCGCGGGCUGGAGCGGGGCCGCCUGCUGGGCCAGGGCGAGCUGCUGCUGGGACCCCUCCUGCUCCUCUGAGGGCGCUCCCUGCCCUUGCUCUGCCCCUCGGACAGAGCCUAUUUGUACAAAAUAA